UGUGAAAAGUGUGAAAGUUCCUUUGCUAUCUUAUCGCGGUGGGUGGUAGACUCCGCCAAUCUAGCAAUCCACUCGAGCGGGGCCGUUUUAAAAAACCAAGUGAGAAAGCCAAGUGGACAGUCGUCCGCAGACCAGAAUCGGACAGUCUCAACGACAUCGUCAACCAUCUCGGUUCAGUAGCUCGACAAGUCCCUCGGCAUGGAGCGCUUUGCGGGCCGCGUGGCCGUGGUGACGGGCGCCAGCAGCGGCAUCGGCGCGCAGAUCGCCGAGGACCUGGUGCGCGCCGGGAUGGUGGUGGUGGGCGUGGCGCGCCGCGUGGACCGACUCCAGGCGCAGGCUGCCUCGCUGGCCGGGCUCCGCGGCCGCCUCGAGCCGCUGCAGGCCGACCUCUCCAGCACUGACGAGCUGCGCCGCGUCUUCAAGUGGGUGGACGACAACCUGGGCGGCAUCUCCGUCCUGGUCAACAACGCCGCCAUACUGUCCACGGUGCCGGUCCCAGACCAGGACCCUGCCCAGUCUGAGAAACUCAUCGCCACGAACGUCACGGCCGUGCUGAUCGGCUGCUCGCUGGGCGUCGACAGCAUGAAGAAGCACGGCAUCAAGGACGGACACAUUAUCAACAUUAACAGCACCGCUGGCCACCGCGUCUUCGGCAGCUCCGGCGGGCUCAACGGGUCCGCCGUCGCGUACUGCGCCAGCAAGCACGCCACGGUGGCGCUCACCAAGGGGCUCCGCGCCGACCUGCAGGCGCUCAAGGCCAGCGGCUUCAAGAUCCGCGUCACGAGCCUCAGCCCGGGCGCCGUCCGGACCGAGAUGCUGCCCGAGGAGUUCGCCAGCCUGAUUACGGACGACGACAUGAUCCUCACCACCAAGGACGUAUCACGCGCCGCCCUGUUCGUCCUCAGCUUACCCCCCGCGGUCGAGAUCACCGAGCUCACCAUCCAGCCCACCGGAGAGUUCAUGUAGAAAAGAGCCACGGGGUUUCCGAACGAUGCACGGUUUACACACAAAAUUAAUUGAAUAAACGAUAACAGCUUACUGG